UCAUGAACAUGAACUUCAACUAAUCCUAUGCCAAUAUGGUAUUUUUUAUUUUUUAGUAAAAUGCUUGUAAUAUUCUUUAACAUCUCUACAAUAAUAAAGUCGAAUAGCAAAACCUAGUAAAAUAAGAAGAAGGGGUGGAAUAAGAAGUAAAAUAAGAGGAAGGGGUGUAAUUAUCAGGAUAAAUGGAAGAUGAAAGUUUGAAUUAAUUAAAAUAGGAGAAAAAAUAUCAGAUUGCUAACGAGAAUCAGAAUGAUUAUAACAAAAUUCAUAUAUUUCCUGGCUAAAGUAAGAAUUAUUACAAAAACAUGGGUUAAAAGAUAGUUAGAUUUAUUUUUGAACACUUUUAAGAUGAUCAAAAUGUGAUGGGUGACACUUACAUUAAACAAUUUAUCAAAAUAACAAGUCAAGGUUUUAAUAGGAAUGCUAUUUUAAAACUUAAAAAAUCUAGAAUAGCUCGUAAAAUACUUAAAUUGUUCUUUGCUAAUUAUAAAUGGGUAAAGCCCUUUAUAUCAUAGCAUAAAGCAGAACUUGAUUUAUAUUUUAGAUAUAACACACAAGUCUAUAGUUCUAAGAAAAAAUAAUUGUAAUCACAGAAACUAAAAAAUGACUAACUCAAACAAAAAGAAUGA